AGCUCCCUGGCUGGCCCUUUUGACUCUCUUUCUCAUCCCCAACUCUUCCAGGACUCCAGAGUCAAGCCUAGGGCCUCAUUCUGCCCCUGUUUAAGUCAGUAAGGCAAACUCUGGCUGUUCCCCGCUACUUUCCCUGCGAGAGUGGAGAAAAGGAAACCGUUCGAACAGGAUGUAUGUAACGAUUCUUUCUCGCAACACGCUCCCGUAUGUACGGAUGAGCAACAAAGAAGACCCGAGCAAGUGUUGCCCCGCAGCUGCUCCGAUCUCCAGUUUUACCAUCCAGUCCAUCCUGGGCAGCGGUACCUCGGAAGGGGGCAGGGAGCCCAGUUCCAAGGCAGCGGCCGCCUGGCCGGGCAGGAAGCGAAGUCUGUCUGUGUCCUCAGAGGAAGAGGAGCCGGAGGAGAGCUGGAAACAUCACGGCUGCUUCUGUCCUGAGUCGCAGGGCCCCAAAGAAACUUGCCACAAACACCAGCCCAUCAGUUUCACGUGUCUCAGCAAUCCAAAGGGGAAUGGAGGCGCAAUGACGGUAAAUACGGACAGGACGCAGUUCCUCUCCCAAUCCCAACAGGACUUGAAGGAGGAAAAAGAGAAACACUUCCCUCCAAACUCCCCGUCUUCUGGGGACAGGCAAAGGGACGGAGGGGACAGACAGGCUAAUUCAGCCAAAAAGAAGACCCGCACUGUUUUCUCCCGGAGCCAAGUGUACCAGUUGGAAUCUACCUUUGACAUGAAGCGAUACCUGAGCAGCUCGGAGAGGGCCUGCUUGGCCUCCAGUUUGCAGCUGACGGAGACCCAGGUGAAAACCUGGUUCCAGAACCGCAGGAACAAAUGGAAAAGGCAACUCUCGGCAGAACUGGAGGCGGCCAAUAUGGCUCAUGCCUCAGCUCAGACACUAGUGGGGAUGCCCCUGGUUUUCAGAGACAAUUCCCUUCUGAGAGUGCCAGUGCCCAGGUCUAUCGCCUUCCCAGCCCCUUUAUAUUACCCAGGCAGCAAUUUGUCAGCCUUACCUCUCUAUAAUCUCUACAACAAGAUCGACUACUGACUCCGAAAGUCUCCUCCUCUGUAUAGCUCUCCGCUAGCCGCAAUGACCUUUCAUAGAUUUCACCCGUCUGUAUCCACAGGAAAACAAAUGUGCUUCUUGCAGUGUUAAGAAAUACACCAUGUGUAUUCAUUAUUUUUAUUUAUUGGAUCCUCUCGAUUUGUUUGUUUAUGUUCUAGGCUGGCAUAGUGUUUUUAUGUACGAUCGCCAUGCAUUAUCCCACCAGACAUAACUGACUUUCUGAGCUUCCCGGGACUUUCAAAACAAAUUGCAAUCGUCUCUCUGUCUACAUGUGCAGGUAGGAAAAGGCCCAGGGCGCUUGGUUAUUUGUCUCUGCAAUUGUAUAGGCCAAUUUCAACCCCCUCCCCCGCUC